CCGUAGCGCGAAAGUCAAAUCUGUUUGACUGUUGGAGGCGGAGAGGCAGGUUUGCAGAGACGAGCUGCGGGAUUUCAUCUGCACUCUGAAAUAUUUUUCAUAUUUUCGGACGCCAGCUAGACACUACAGUCGGGGUGAUCAUUUAGGUCUGUAAAGAGCGGCUACAGAGACUCCACACGAUGGACACGGCAGUGAAAAAGAGCAAUAAAGAAAACACCAAGCCGCUGGCUGGUCAGAAAAGGCCCGAGUCCAGAAGUGUCAUAUCAAAGCAAAAGCUGGUUAAAGUUGCACCUCUGCAGUCCAAAAAUGACCUUAAGAAAGAAAAGAAGGAGGAGACCCUGGAAGAAAAGCCUGAGGCGCAAGAACAAGUCAAACCGGUAACCAAGACCAACACGUCGGACCCUAACAAGCGGAAAACGCUGAGCCAGGCUUUCCGCACCGAACAGUCCGUUAGACACAGAAAACUGGUGGUGGAGGCACAAAAGCCCCCACCAACGGCGCCCCCCAAACCCAUCCUGGGCACCUACAAGGGCAGAGUGGUGAAGUCUAAAAUAGACUGCUUCAGGAAGCCCCCCAGUGGUGAAGAGAAAGCGGCUGAGGCAACAGCCGUCGCUAAAUUCGCUAAACCAAGCGUGCCUAAACCUAAACCUGAGCUGGGAACUUUGUCCAAAAUUCGAUCAAAGAGUGUCACCACUUUACCUGGUGCCUCUAGACCACCACGACCUCAGCCCAGUUUGCCCAGCAGAGCAAAGUCUGUGUCAGAUGCGCCGCUAAAUGUGGCGGAGAAGCCAAUCCAGAGGUCCAUCUCUCAAAGACAAGUCCCAGCCAAAGCUCCAGCGCCCGCUCGACCCACCGUGCCUCGCCCAGCAACCGUCCCACCAAGGCCGGCUGCAGUGACCACAGCUCGUCCAGCUCCCAGCAAGAUCACCUCGUUCAUUAAAAAGAAGGAGCCAGCAGUGCAGAGCGUCAAACCCAAACCUGCUGCAGCUGUCACGGAGCAGAAAGCCCAGAGGCCAGCCAGCAGCACCAUCAGCCAGUACAGAGUCCAAGUGGAGACCGCCGAGGAGAGGAAGGCAAAGUUGGCAGAAUGGUUGGCGUCAAAGGGGAAGACCUUGAAAAGACCACCGAUGACCGAGAAAGCGGCUCCACCAGCAAGCAAACCUGCUCCGCCACCCAAAGCUACGCAGGAACCCAGUAAGGUAGCACAGCUCGAGCCUCAAGCAGAACCUGAGGAGAACCAGCCUGGCUGUGAGGGGACGGGUAACAAUCGGCUUGAGCGUGAUCUCGUCCCUCAGAGCGAGCAGGUGUUUUCCAGCAGCCCGAGCCACAUCAUGAACACCACACUAGACCUACUGGACAGUUCGGAUGUGGAUCUUCCUGUAGAUCCGGAGAUCAGAAUGGAAUCGCUGGUGCUCAACUUGUGUGACAAGCUGGACGCGAUGGAAAUCCCUUCUUCUUGUGAGAACGAUGCAAAGACAGGUGAUGAGGAAGUUGCGAUUUUGUUUAAUGUCAAGGUGGAAGAAGAAACGGUUAAAGAGUUUGAGAUCCUGGAAGAGGAAGAACUGGAAGUAAAGCAAGAGUCAGCGGACGAUGUCGCAGUAGACGGGCAGGAGGUCAAAGUAGAGCGCGAGGAGAAGGUUCUGGAGCGGAAAGAUGUGAAGCCGUUUAAUGAUGAGGUCUCUGAGGAGGAGGACGAUGACGGUGAUGAUGAGGAGAUGGAUUCCACACCUGCUGAGGUUACAGAAGCAUCUGUGGUGAAGUACAGCGUGAAAACGACUCCGUUCCUGCAGAGUGUAAAGAAGAGGAUGGAGACUGAAGGAGAAACAGCAGGCAGCGCCUCUCGCCGCAAGAGCACCAUCAAAGACCUGAAAUUUCUCACGCCAGUUCGCCGCUCGUCACGCAUCCAGCGCAAAUCCUCCCGUCUGCCGGACAUGCUGACUGACCACGACCCCUGCGUCUCCUCGCUGGCUGAGCUGGUGCAGCUGGACGACGCCGACUCCAACGCCUACAUCUACAGGAAGAACCCUGCGCUGCUGGACCACCUGCCCUACCAGGCUGGAGACUUGGAGAGGUUAUCGGAGGAGAAAAAAUAAGCUGAAGUGAUGGAAAAGGUGCAGAGGUGUUUGAAUGUUUUUACUAAAUGAAUAUGCAAAUUGACUAACUAGGCUCCGCCCACAAAUCAAUUCAGCUGUAGCUGUAAUUGUUAAUACUUGAGAUGUAAACAGAGUGUUUGUGUGGAGGUGUCUUUACAGUGGUGGUGAUAGGAACCAGGGGUCGCCAUGACUACAACACUAAUAUAGACAUUUUAUUUACCAUCCAUAAGAGAUCAUAAAUCAU